AUGUCAAUCUACAUGUAUCUAUCUCCUCAUACCAUUCCCAUGUCAAGACAUUACUACCUUCUCUCUACUUUCUUCUUCCUCUUCCUAUCUUGUCUUUUCACUAUAAAUUUUACUCUUUUUCCUUUGUCCAUUUUUCUUUGCUUCAAUCUGAUCAUAACCAUGAUUUGUCACUCUUUUUCUCUUUUUUGUAUUGUUUAUUUGUCUUUCUUUCGUAUAUGUAUUAUUUCUUCUUUAUUUUUUUCAUUCUUCCUAACAUCGAUUCUUGAAUUUUCUUUUUCCCCCCUUUGCUUACAAACUCUUUCUACUUUCGAUGUUUCUUUAAUUAUUUUCUUUCGCGUUUCUGUUUAUUUAUCUUUGUUUUGUACAUAUAUUAUUUUCUUUUUUUAUCCAUUCUUCCCAGCUUCGAUUCCAUACUUUUCUUACUUUUCCUUCAAAUUCUUUCUCUUUUCUUUCUUUCUUUCUUUCUUUCGUUUUUUGUUCUUUCGUUCGUUCGUUUUCUUUCGUUCGUUCGUUCGUUCCGAAGUUUUUUCAUUUCUUUCGUUCGUUCUUUUUUCGUUCGUUCUUUUUUUUUUUCUUUCUUUUCUUUCUUUCGUUCUUUCUUUUAAAUGUUUUAUUUUUUUUUCUUUUUUCUUUCUUUCCCAAUCAUUUACUGGAUUUUCUUUUCUUUUACUCUGUUUUUUCUUUCCUUUCCUUCCUUCUUUCUUUCUUUAUUUUUCUUUCGUUUUCUUUCGGAUUUCUAUACAUUCUUGGAUUUUCAUUCUUUUUUCUUUACCUUUUACAUUCAUUUGUUUCCUUGUUUGUUUCUUUCUUUCUUUCACAUGUCGUCUUUCUCUAUACCGUCGAUUCUAUCUAUAUUUUUUUUUGCUUCAAAUACAUUUUCCUUUCGUUCUUUCUCUCUUUCUUUCUUUUAUCUUUCUCAUUUCUUUUUUUGUAUGUUUGCCACUUUUUUUUCAUUUUGUGUAA